UUCCACAAUGGGCUUCCAUAUCCGCAGUAGCUUUAGCAGCCGUUAUAUACACAACUAUAGGAGGUAUAAAAGCUGUUAUAUGGACUGAUGUAUUUCAAUCUUUAGUUAUGUUCUCUGGGAUGGCUGCCAUUUUAAUUAAGGGAACCAUAGAUGUUGGUGGUGUUGAUGCUGUCUGGAACAAAGCUAUGGAUGGUGGAAGAUUUAAUUUAUUUAACUUUGAUCCCGACCCAACAGUAAGACACACAUUUUGGAGUUUAUUUUUUGGAUCUUUAGCAAGAGGAUUAGGUUUCGGUUUCAAUCAGCCAACAUGCCAGAGAAUAAGCUCUACUAAAAGUUUAAGAGAUGCUUACAAGGUUAUGUUGUUGACGGCUCCUCUAUUUUUUCUUACAAUGUCCCUGGCUUGUUAUGAAGGAAUUGUAGCUUAUGCUUAUUAUCAGUCUGUAGAAUGUGAUCCUCUACAAUCCGAUCAAAUUACAAAUCCAAACCAGAUUAUACCGUAUAUGGUGAUGGAUAUUUUCAAAUACCUUCCAGGAAUGCCUGGAUUGUUUAUGGCGUCUUUAUUUAGCGCUUCAUUGAGCACGCUUUCUACGGGGCUGAGUAGUAUGUCAGCUAUUUUUCUCCAAGACAUUGUAAAGAAAAUUUAUAAAGAAGAAAUCCCUGAGAUGAAAGGAACAGUUAUAGCUAAACUUUCAGUUGUUGUCAGUGGUAUUUUGGCGUGUGGCGUUGCUAUGUUAAUAGCACAAAUAGGCGGAACACUGAUACAGAUAACUGGAACCGUGUUGUCAGCAUUUGGCGGACCUCUAGCUGGUCUCUUUUUAUUGUCAUCAUUAUUUCCGUGGGCAAACAAAAAGGGAGCUUUAGUAGGAACUCUCAUUAGUCUGGCUUUAUGUACAUGGCUUGGUAUGGGAUCUAGCUUCUCUAAGACACUGAAGAAAACUCCAUGGUUACCACCGGCGUCAACAGAUCAUUGUCCGGUUGAUAAUUUAACAUCCUGGGUUGAGAAUAUGAAGGUUUAGAUAGAUUUUAUUCUAUAUCGUAUAUGUGGUUUGGUGGUAUAGGUGUUGUUACAGUACUUAUUGUUGGUUCUAUAGUCAGUUUAC